CGUCAGUGGGAGGCUCAACCUUUCAACUAUCACUUACUCCAUCCAAACACCCUAUACCCGCCAAAAUGGAGAUCGAGGUCGACGAAGAUCUCUUGCGGACGGUCGCGACAGGCGGCGAAAUGGACUACGGUCUAUGGCCCGCCCUGUCGCAAGGAAUCAUCUCGAGGCUAGAUAAGAUCGCCCACAAUGCAUUCCCUAUUCCGAACCUACCCACCCCUCCUCAACCCAUUAACGCGCCAGGCCAACAACCACGACUACUCUCGCCGCUCCCCUCGUCCUCCAUCGAUCCCGCCAGCAGCCAGCCGUCAUCACAGGACGCCGACAAGGAGAAUAGCCAGCCUAAAGAUGCCUCGUCAUCCAAGGCUACGGUCGAAAGCGCUACUGAUACCGACGCAGCUGUCGCCGACGCACCCCCGUCCACCGCCUCGGGAUCGCUCCCCGCACAGAUUGAAGCCAUGCUGAACGAGAUCAACACUGUCUUGGCCAGCUUCCCGAAAUACCCGCCGCACACGAUCCAGCGCCUUGCUGAGCUCGUCCUCGAGCCGCGCCGCCAUUACCGCCACCUGGCAUCGUACCUCCAUGCCGUCGACCGCGUCGUUCAUGUAACCAGCGGCGCAAACACCUACCCUCUUCCGCCAGCCAUACCCGACAUGUCUACCAUGACACUGCUCUCCAAUGGCAGCGCAAACGGCCAGGAGAUCAACAACCCGGCGGCUUCGGUCGCCUGGAGCAACUCGACCAACUCAGUCGCCUCAACCGUCGGCACAGACGAAGCGCUUGGCGGCGCUCUACUAACCCCGAUCCCGUGGCUCACACGCCGACCAAGCCCCGGCUCAUCCUCGCCAGCCUCUUCAAAUGGUGGUGGACCGGCCGAGAUUCGUACCGAGUCAACGGAGACCAUUGAUGGCCCUAAUGGCGUCGGAAGUAUCGAGACCGUCAGCGUCAGUGUCAACGGCAUACCGUCUAUGGGCGCCAGCAGCAGCCGCGCGAUAACACAAGGUGAGUUACUGCGACAAGAGCAGGAGCAGGGCGUCGUUCCAGUCAACCAACUCGUGCGACAAGCAGAAGAAGCACAACACGCCGCCGCCCUACGAAGCGGGGACGGCGGCAGAGCCAGUAGCCCCGAGACGCAGCAGCAGGAUGAUGAGCAGCAGGACGCUGCCGGUGCUGCUGCCGCUGCUGAAGACGAGAACGAGGCGCCGCACGCUCGCGGUCCCGAGGAGAUUGGUGUUGGCGACCUCGGCCCGCAGAGCGAGACGACGAGCUUUGUGGGCGGUGGACCCGGUCUUGACAUGCAGGGCAUUGAUGUUGAGGCUGCGGUGGGCAGGAAAGCCGCCACCCCUCCUCCCGAGGACGUCAAGGAGGGUGAUGCCGCGACGGAAGAUGGGACGACUACGGAUGCGGUUGUCGAUGACGCGGCAUCCGACACGAGUAUCACGUCGCAUCCUAAGCGUGAUGCGGACGAGGAGCUCGAUGGUCUGGCGAGCAAGAAGGUCAAGGAGCACGAAGGCGACAUCGCGGGCGAAGCAACGGAUGCUACAAUCUCUACCUCGCCCAAGGAAGACGACACCAAGGAGGAGGAUGUGAAAGAGGCCGAGCCUAAGGCCGAGGAGGGCAAAGAUGAAGAGACUGAGGCCAAGAAGAAUGACGCGGCGGACGAGGCUACUGCUGCAGAGGCGGCGGCGGCAGCGGCAGCGAAAGCGAAGGACGCGGAGAUGGCUGCCAAAGCAGGAGGCGCUUAGGAGGGGACGGAAUGGGGUCUUUCGCCCAAUGAGUGAGUUGUGUUGCGGAUGAUUAUAUGAUACCAAGAAACCGUCUUCACCAAAAGCCUACGUGAUCGUUUGUCGUUCGUUUGAUUUGAGAUUUGAAGCAUCGUCAUGAGUUUGGCGUCGAGCUGGCGCGUUAAUAUCGACAUGUGAUGAAAUCAAAGUCAGACAUGAACAAUUGGGCGAGAAAGAUAGGAGAGGUGGCAUCACAAAAAGCACAAGUGAGUGGAACAAUACUCUCAACCAUAUCGUUGCCGACUCUAGUGGCAAGGUAGUAUUCGUGUAGCUCUCUGACUACAUGGGCGAAGAAAACAAAGCAGUAGACAACCGUAGACCUCCCAAACGCCAUGCGCUAUUCCAUGGUCCAUGAUGAAGCAGCCCCGGAAUCCCAUACCUUUCCCGUAUAAACGCCUUAUGAACAGACAUAUUUCAUUACAAGACUCUAGUGAU